AUCAACUCACAUCAUCAAUUCAUCACUCUUCCUCUUAUUGUAUUCAUCAAUUUUUCACUAAUUAUAAUGGAGUCAGUGAAGAAAUUGGUAGCAGAAAAGCCAGUGGUUAUGUUCAGCAAAAGCAAGUGUUGCAUGUGCCACACCAUAAAGUCACUCAUAUCAAGUUUUGGUGCUAAUUUAACUGUUUAUGAAAUUGAUGAACUUCCCAAUGGCCUACAAGUGGAGAGAGCAUUGCUGGUACUAGGCCGAAGGCCUAGUGUUCCAGCAGUGUUCAUUGGACAAGAAUUAAUUGGUGGUGCUAAUGAAAUCAUGAGCCUGCAUUUAGAAGGAAAGCUUAUUCCUUUGCUCAAGAAAGCUAAAGCUCUUUGGUUAUAACUUAUGUAUAUAGUACUUUGUAAAACUUUUUUUCUUUUUCUUGCUUUAGGUAUCUGGUACUCGAAAUCUACUGGCAUGACUAGUUCGGACUCACGUCGAGUAUGCUGGUAAAACUACAAUCCACGAUCUUGAAAGUUCAUAUAGUCAAUUGAGCAUAUUUUAUGUAACAUGCUCAAUGAAGACUGUUUCUUAAAUCUCAACACAAGUCCUUGAUGUUUCUUAAGCAUUGUAAUAAAAAAAUUAUAUAUAACUUCAUUGACUCUUGUC